UGCGAUGUCCGGAAGAAGGACUCAAGCAUGGCGGAUGUAUAUUUUCCACUUCACCUGUCUUGCUUUGCGGUUUUAAAUGUAACAUCGCAACAUUAACCUCGGAUUUAAAACCCCGCGUCGCUGCGUCUCCGGACACCAGCUCGCGACGUGACUCGUGACCCAGUUUCGGUUUGAGUUGCUAUGGAAACAAACAUCUGUUUCCCCUGAGUAGCACAUGGGCCUCCUGAAGAAACCCUCAACACCUCCCAAACACAGGAUGAACCGCAUCGAAUGAACUUGAGUUACAUCUUAACGCAUCCCCUCUCGAGUCGUGUCGUACCCAAAGCACUGACCAUGGGGAAAGUGAGCGCGGAGGUUGAUCCGGCGGUGACGAGGCAGGACUCCUCCUCCUCCUCCUCCUCGGGGCCUCUUCCGGAGCCCCUGCUCAUAAUCCUGUCCCCGCCUCCACCUUUCCUGCCCGUCCCCGGCGAGCCGACCAUGUCAUGGCGCGGGUGGCUUCGAGCGUUUGAGCGCUACGUCGAGGCGCUCGGUGAAAACGAGCUGGUCGACUCCAGCAAGUGCGGGCUCCUGCGGGACUGCCUCGGCCGAGAGGGCCGGCGCGUCUUCGCGGCGCUGACCAGGGGCGAGGCCGCCUACGCGGCCGCCGUCUCCGCGCUGACGCUCUACUUCGGCUCCGAUCAGAGCUCUUUCUGCGAGGUCAGCGGAGACGGUUUGUACCCUGCCGUACAAAUUAAGCGCAAAAGAGGCCGGCCUAGGCGCGGGGAGGAAAGGCCGAAAAAGCUCCCCGAACCCCGCUGCACUAAGACAACGAGGUCAUCGAGAUACAAAGACAAAUACUCCGGCAGCGACAACGGAAGAGAAGGCGAUGAGGACGACGAAGACAACGAAGACGAGGACUUUCAGCCGCGCAAACUGAAAGGCCCCUACUGUCCUCUCUGUGUCGGCAAGCGCUUCAGGGACGCAAACAAGCUGGCCCGACACAUGAGGACGCACACAAAGGAGAAACCGUUCCGCUGCCCCGCGUGCGCCAUGACCUUCAGCCAGUCCUACCACAUGACCCGGCACAUGAGGAAGCAGCACGGCGCCGGCCGCUACGUCUGCCCCACGUGUGGGACGAGCUCGGAGAGCUCCGCGGCGCUGCAAAGUCACAAGAGGACGCAUGCGCCGCGGGUUCCGUCUCGGCCUGCCCGUCGCGAGAAAUCCCCCGACGGCGGUGCGCUUUGCAGUCGCGUCACGUCGCGGGGCGAAGACCACCUGAUCCAGACGCAGGGACAGAGCGCUCAGCACGGUGACCACGAAAAGAACCAAGAAAUGAAGGACUCACUUAACAAGGACCACGAUGAAGAUGACAGCAAUGAUAGUAUUGCUAAGAAUGAUGUUGACCCCCAAGUUAAGGAAUCCAAAGUUAUUGGUGAGACGGAAGAGCAGGACACUGAUGGAGGACAAUCUCAAGAUGGAGACGGUCCAAAAGAAAAUGUUGCGUCCGAGACCAAACCAAAGGGCCAUUUCUGUCCCAUCUGCGUCGACCGGCGCUUCAGAGGGCCGAACAAACUCGCCAGGCACAUGAGGACGCACACGAAGGAGAAACCGUUCGGCUGCCCGGUGUGCGCCUUGACCUUCAGCCAGUCCUACCACAUGACCCGGCACCUGAGGAAGCAGCACGGCUUCGCCCAGUACAUCUGCAAUAAAUGCGGGGAGAGUUCAGGGAGCUGGCUGGAGAUGAAGGCGCACAAGAAGACCCACGCGGCCGAUGGUCUCAGGUGCCCCGCGUGUGACAAACAGUUCAAGGAGAAGGCCGCCCUCGUGAGUCAUCUCAAAAUACACAAGACGAUCCCCUCCGGCCCCCGGAGCCUCGUCUGCAGCGAUUGCGGCAAAGUCUUCGGUCGAAUGUAUCACCUGAAGCGCCACAUAGUGACCCAUCGCAAAGCGACCCACGGGGAGGUUAUCACGUGCCCCGAUUGUCAGAAGAACUUUGCCUUCCCAGAAGACCUCAGCAAACACGCCGAGAUCCACGUGAAGGAAAACAACGGGACGUGUCCGAAGUGUAACGAGACCUUCCGCAGUCCCGAAGAGCUGGAGACGCACAUGGGGGUUCACGAAAAGUCUUGCGCCUGCCACACCUGCGGGAAGACGUUCAAGGUGGAGUACGCCCUCAAGAAGCACGAGCGAGGCCACCAGGACGAGCAGCACUACUGCUCCUUGUGCCGCAAGCGCUUCAUCAAGCUGUCUCACUACAAGAGGCACAUCAUGGUCCACGACCGGCGGGAAUCCAGGUGCCCCCACUGCGACGGCGUCUUCCUGCAGGUGACGGCUUUGAAGGAUCACCUGCGCACUCACACGAAGGAAAGGCCGCACCAGUGCACCUGCUGCAUCGAGACCUUCGAGGAGAAGGAGGAGCUCGAGCAGCACCGCCUCAAGCACAGGAAGUUCAAGCGGGAGAGGCCGUACUCGUGCACCCGGUGCGACGCGGCCUUCCCGAACCUGAUCGAGCUGACGGACCACAUGGGCUCCCACGACGGGGAGCCGCCGCUGAACUGCGCCGUCUGCGGCAAGACCUUCCUCAACAAGAGCAAGCUGGAGAAGCACCUGAGCAUCCACUCGGGGGAGAGACCCCACCUCUGCUCCGUCUGCGGCAACGGCUUCCCGUCGGCCGCCAGCCUCAAGCUGCACGUCCACGUCCACACGGGGGAGAAGCCCUUCGGGUGUCCGCAGUGCGGCAAGAGCUUCCGCUCGUCCAGCGGCCUGCGGCUGCACGGCCGGCAGCACAUGGAGGUGCGGCCCAGCUACGGGUGCCCCGAGUGCGGCCGGACCUACGGCCGCGUGACGGAGCUGAGGAUGCACCAGCGCUACCACACGGGCGACAAGCCGCAUGCGUGCACCUGCUGCAGCAAGCGCUUCAUCAGCAAAGACAAGUUGAACGUUCACAUGAGGAUCCACACGGGGGAGAGGCCGUACUCCUGCCCCCACUGCGGGCAGACGUUCACGCAGACGGGGGACCGAAACCGACACGUCAGCAAAUACCACUAGAGACACCCCCGGGGCAACAGAACUACCGUGAACCUUUUUUUUUUUUUUUUGUAUUUGAAUGACGGCGGUGGUUUUGCAUGUUUGUAAAGGUUGGUGGUGGUAAGAACUGAAGUGGUUCACAUUAUUUGAUCAAGAAUAAGAAACCGAAAUAAGCUAUAUUAGGCAGAUUUAGUCUGCCACACACUAAAUUAUCAAGUGAUCAGGUUGUGUUUUUUGGUAAAAUAUAGAAGAAUACAGAUGUUAUAUUCUGUAGAAUAUAAUACUAUCCAAAACAGAAGCAAAGAGUUAGGCCUUUAAAUCAACCAGUGCAUAAGUAUUAAUGAUAAUCUUUACAUUUCGUAUGGACUAUAUAGUUCAAAGUGUUCAAAAACAGAAAACCUUCCAUUUAAGGAAAUGAAAGAGUCCUCACCUCACUGUCACAGUUUCAAGUAUUAACAAAGAUGAAGCAUUACGAGUGUUUAAAGCACUUUUUAAAAUGAUUACUUUCCCCUUAUUCUACGGGAAAUCGUGUCAUUCUACAGAAGGGUUCGUUUUAACAAAUGAAAGAAUGUUUAAUAUCUUUUGAAUUAAAAAAAUAUGGAAACAUUUUUAAAAACUGAGGAAAGAAUAAAUGGAUUCAGAAAUAAAGUUGCAUUAUGCAACACAAGUAGAAGCUAUUAUUCAACGGCUUUUUGCAAAAAUGUUUUGCCAUCCAAUCUGUGUUUCUGUGGUCUGCUCCAUUCCAUGGACUUUAAUACACAAGCAAUUAAGACGACGCCCCCGUGCCGGACUCUUCACGCAGCAAUUUCUCAUUCUAGCACCUUGUUUUACUGACACACACUACAUUGACCAGCGUGCCAAUGACUUCUUUGACCUACACAGCUUUCAUGUGCAACUGUUUGCCUUUUCCCAAAUCUGGGGCUGAAAACUUAAUCGAACUACAAAUAAAACCACGGCCACACAGAUUACACUAAAAAACAUCGUAGGUCUCAUGUCAGUCAUUUUGUUGUCCUCCAUGCAACAGUGAGUGUUCAUUAUACCAGGAUUAUUUUAAGAUUUUU